UCAAUAGUUUCCCAGAACGCAUUGAUUCCACAUCGGCGGAAUGGUCAAAGCAGGCAAUAGGACCUUGAAAUACUUCCGACCCAUAUCGGUCAAGUACGGGAUGCCACGUAACGGCUACGAAAAUGGAGUCCCUGCCGGGGAACAGGCCAAUGGGCAUUACGACGAGAUCAAACCCACGUAUGCCCUGGAGCACUUGGCUACCUUCAAGCUGAAAACCGAGGCGGAGAUCAAGCAUCCCAAGGAGAAGAUGAAGCUGCUGAUCGAACUGGACAAAACUGGAGGCAUUUGGCCGCACAAGAUGUUCAUGAGCUUCAAUGGCCAGUGGCUGGUCAUGCUGGACAGCGAGAUGAAGGAGAUUGAGAACUUUCCGGGCAGUCUGAUCACCGAGCCCACAGCCUUCAUCAGUGAGCAUCCCCAGGAGGCGUACAAUAACAUUCUGGUCUUCUCAGUGCCGGGAAUCUCGCUGGGAAACACCGAGAUGCACAUCUUUCAGGUGACCGAUGUCAGUUCAGUUCAUUUGGUAGAGGAUCUGAAGACGCUGAGCAAGGGUACUCCUGUAACGAUUGAUCGUAAUAAGACCCCAAUUUUGCUGCCCAAGCCGGAAAGACCCCAAACGCAGCAGGCCAAGGAUCAGUAUGGAAUAGCUGCGGCAGUGGCGGGGAUUGCAGCGGAGAAGAACGCCCAGGAUAAGGAGCAGACCGAGCGGGAUGUGCAGGUGAUCAACCACUGCUUCGAGGACAUCGAGCGUUUCAUGGCCCGACUUCAUUAUGCCGCCGAGGCCCUCAACGAGCUAAAGUUGCGCAAGGAGCAGCAUAAUCCUCAUGGAGAGGGACUUUUGGUCCUAAGAUCGCGACCACCGAUCGAGAGCGAGUUUCACGACAUCCUGGCCAAGGUGAAACUGGCGCUCAUCUACUCGGUGCGGCUGCAGAACCACUUCACCAAAUCCACCGAUCCGGUGCACAAUGUCUUCAUAUCGCUGCAAACCAUCGUCACCGUUUGCAAUGAUAUAUAUGUGGAUGCGGGUCUGCCAGAGGCUGUGGUCAAUCCCCUCCUGCGUCGCGAGACCAUCGCCUUUCUCAACGGGACCCUCGACUCCAAGGAGAAGCAGUUGUGGCAGAGCCUUGGCCCCAACUGGACGGUUCCCAAGGACCAGUUCAAGGAUCACAAGAGCUCGUAUCAUCCUAUAUUCUACGACGAUUGGUCGCCCGAUUGGGUGGUGGAUGAGGAGGUGCAAUACCUGGCUCCUGCCCUGAAGAAGACCACUACGCCGUCGCCGGUGCCGGUUCCCGUGCCCCCGAGUCCGGGUCUCGGAAAUCGCACCUGGCUGAGUCGCCUGGAGAGCCGCAAUGUCAAGAUCGCCGAGGUUGCAUUCAACAAGUCAGCCACAAAUGACAAGGAACUAAAGGUCACCAAGGGGGAGUACUUGGAGAUUAUCGAUGACUCCCGAAACUGGUGGAAGGCUCGUAACUCGUAUGGAAGCAUUGGCUACGUGCCAAACACCGUGCUCACGCCGUACAACUUUGAGCCCGGAGUAAAUGGAAGGGAUACGGAAUCGCUGGCAUCCGUGGCCUUGACCGAGAAUGGUGUCGAGGAGGCCAACAACCCUCCGUUGUACCGCAACACCAUGGCCAUGUAUACCGCUCCCGUGGAGCAGCCGGUGGCCAAUGGCAAGCCGUUGCCGCGCUCCUACUCGAUGCCCAAUGCCGUGCCCGUUCCACCCCCGAUGCCACCAACUGACAGUCAGCCGCCCACGCCCAGCGGCACCCUUAAACGCAACAUGGCGGCGGCAGGAGCCCUAGCAGCCAUGCGGGCCCGAAACGAUUGCGAGGCCGAUGACCAAGCCUACUACAUGCAGGAUGAUGUGAACGACGAGCUGCGGGUUCUGUUGCAGCAGCGGGAGAGGCGCAAGGACCUGGAGAUCCUUAAGACCCCCGAGAUCUUCAUCACUCAGAACUCGAAGCCGCGGGAAGUGGAGGAGUGGCUGAGGGGCAAAGGCUUCUCGGACAUCAUCAUCAAGCGUCUGCACACUCUCUCCGGGGAGGAGAUCUUCGCCCUUUCACCACACACCAUCGAAAGCUACUUUGGCCAGCGGGAGAGUCGCCGCCUCAUUUCCCAGAUCGUGCUGCAAAAGAACUUCUGUGAGUACAAAACCAUUAGAUCAUCGGAGCUGUCUGCCAAAUUGGCACGGGCUCGUCAAAAGGCCGAUCAGUCUAAUGGCAAUCCUAACGAGGUCUUCUAAGAUUCCCGAUUUGAAUAGUUAGAGCCUGGAGAAACACAACAAUGCCUCAGAAGCGCUAAGUUUUGCCAUUAAUUUAUUUAUGUGUAAUAUUCCUUCAUUUAUGUUAAAAAGUGUUCAUACGUACAUUAAAAAACCAGACAAAAAA